GCGGCGUAUACGCCUCAGUCCCUUCCGCUUUCCAACUCGCGACAGUCCGACGGCCGACAACCAACCUAACAACUACUCUCGUUAAAAACAACUAUGUACAGAAAAAAUUUAAACGACAAAACUGAGACAUUCCUACAUUCGCGUGCUAAACUUUUUUAGAACAAUGAAAACAAUUAAUAUUUGUAGUGUACCUAUUGAAUAAAAAUUGAAUAAAAAUUGUGAGUUGCUAAAAACUUUUAUUUAAUAAUGGCUGAUAAGUUAAAUGAGUACCAGGGGGUAACGGGGAGGUUACAUUCGACUAGGGAUAAGUGCAAGGAACGAUGGUCGCAAUGGAAGGAGGAGCACCCUCAUGGAGUGAAAGAGGCUGUAAAGGAAGCCUUAUUCGCUAUACCCACAUCUGAUAAGCCUCCUGAACGAGUGACACAUGAGGGUGAAUAUAGCGAUCUGUUCAGAAGAAAAAGUAGACUCGAGCUCAUGCGAAUAUCGGCAGCAGUUAUGGGCAUAGAGUUCUCCUACGCCGGAGAGACGGCGUUUGUAUCCCCAACGCUUCUUCAAAUCGGGGUCCCUCAUCAGCAAAUGACCCUGGUGUGGGCGCUGUCACCGCUGAUAGGCUUCUUCAUGACUCCACUCCUGGGAUCAUUGAGUGAUCAGUGCCAGUCUAAAUAUGGGAGACGACGUCCGUUUAUUGUUUUGAUGUCUAUUGGAGUAUUUUUGGGCCUAAUUCUAGUUCCCAAUGGAGAAGACAUAGGUUAUGCGUUUGGUGACGAAAAUCCUGUGAAUAGGACGGUGGUCCCAUCUUCACUAGGUCCACGUAGUUCGGCCCUUGAGGUCCAGAGCAACAAUCACCACCCUUGGGGAGUCCUGUUCACGGUUCUAGGAACUGUUCUAUUGGACUUCGAUGCUGAUGCCUGCCAAAGUCCAGCAAGAGCAUAUUUACUGGAUGUUACAGUUCCAGAGGACCAUGCUAAAGGUCUUAGUACAUUUACCGUUAUGGCUGGCCUUGGAGGAUUUAUGGGUUAUGCACUUGGAGGCAUAAACUGGGACGAAACUUCGCUAGGUGAAUUAUUUGGUGGCCACGUCAGGGCGGUAUUUUUUCUGAUCACUAUAAUUUUUAUCGUAUGUGUAUCCGCUACUGUAACAAGUUUCAAAGAGAUACCGUUGAAUGAGCUCAACGACAAUGAAGACUACAAGAAGUUGAACGAUAAAGAUCAAAUUGAAGACAAUUUCAACCAGGAAGAGGAUAUAGAAAGAAAUGGAAUAAAGAAAGAAACCGUUUCAUACGGUUCAUUGAACCAACCAGAUAUAACUGUAGAGAGUGACAUAAAUGGCACCGGUGGAAUAACGUUAAAGGUGCCAGAAGGUCACGGGGAGCCUCUUUCUCUCCAGCAUUACCUCAAGUCCAUUGUGAUGAUGCCGAAGUCUCUUCGUGUGGUUUGCCUCACCAACCUGUUCUGCUGGAUGGCCCAUGUCUGCUACUCUCUUUACUUCACUGAUUUUGUCGGUGAAUCUGUUUUUGGAGGAAAUCCUGCUGCACCGGUGGGAAGCGAGAGUCGUGUAAAUUAUGAAGCCGGAGUCCGUUUCGGAUGCUGGGGGAUGGCGAUGUACUCGUUAUCUUGUGCUUGCUACUCUACUAUUAUUGAGAAGCUUAUAAAAAGACUCGGAGCAAAAAAGGUGUAUGUCGGCGGUCUAUGCACCUACAGCUGUGGGAUGAUGAUGCUGUGCCUGCUGCGAGCUCGUGCCGCCGUCAUCCUGUUCAGCUGGACAGCGGGUAUCAUGUACUCCACACUCUUCACCAUGCCUUAUCUCCUGGUCGCGCACUAUCAUGCUACUGGCAUGUGGGAUAGCGAAGGCGGUGGCAGCGAGCAGGAGCGUGGCAUCGGCACCGACGUUGCAGUGGUCAGCAGCUGUGUGUUCGUGGCGCAACUCUUCAUCUCCGUGAUCAUGGGCUUCGCGGUGAAGAUCACCGGCUCCACAGCGGCGGUCGUCGCCGUCGCGGCCACGCUGGCCGGCGCCGCCGCCUUCACGGCCACUAAGAUCACUUAUCUGGAUCUGUAAAGAGCAUCAAAUGUUUCACAGUGGAAUAAGCGGUGAGCGGUGGCAGCGAGCACUUAAACUUGUUGUAUUUCGAAU